CGGGUGGAAGUGUGUGUUGUUCGCGACGGAAGUGAGGUCAAAGCGCGGCCGCCUCCGGGUAGGAGGUGGUUCUAGCUGGCAGCGGCGGCGCCGUGAGGGGAAGAUGCCCGUGGCGGUGAUGGCAGAGAACUCCUUCAGCUUCAAGAAGCUCCUGGAGCAGUGCGAGACCCAGGAGCUGGAGGCCCCUGGAGGAGUUGCAACACCCCUUGUUUAUGGCCAGCUUCUAGCUUUAUAUCUGUUACAUAAUGACAUGAAUAAUGCAAGAUAUCUUUGGAAGAGAAUCCCUCCUGCUAUCAAAUCUGCAAAUGCUGAACUUGGUGCAGUUUGGUCAGUAGGACAAAGAAUUUGGCAGAGAGACUUUCCAGGAAUCUAUACAACAAUCAGCGCACAUCAGUGGUCUGAAACUAUUCAACCAAUCAUGGAAGCACUUAGAGAUGCAACUAGGAGACGAGCCUUUGGAUUGGUUUCUCAGGCGUAUACCUCAAUAGUUGCAGAUGAUUUUGCAGCCUUUGUUGGGCUUCCUGUAGAAGAAGCUGUGAAAGGUGUAUUAGACCAGGGCUGGCAAGCAGACUUUUCAACUCGUAUGGUAAUGCCUAAAAAGCCAGGCGUGCUGGAAGCUUCCUUUAACAGAUGUAUUCCUUCUUCAGAACCUGCUCCAGUUCCACCAAUUCCAAAUGAACAGCAGUUAGCCAGAUUGACUGACUAUGUGGCUUUCCUUGAAAAUUGAUUACCCUGCUCUUGUCUUCAGAACAACUUGGGAAUCCUGUGUACUGACAAUUUUAGAAAUCUUAGAGUUAUUUUAUUUUGUAUCUAUUGAAAAUUGCCCUACUCAAAAUGUGUGAAGUGUAAAGUGUAUGUUAGCCCAAUUCAUGUUUUGCCAAAGCCAAGCUUGCAACUGAAACAGUCUUUUAAACCCCUGUAAUAUUUAUUCAGUAGGUACACAGCAGUAUUACAUGGUAAGGGUUUUUUCAUUGACUUUUAGCAGGGAAAGGCAGAACUUUUCAAGUAUGUUAGAGAUGGAGAAGAAAAAUGAGUACCAAAGCAGGUUAACUGUGAGGAAUUUACAUUAGUAAGUGAUGUGCUCUGCUGGUGAGGGCUGCAGUGCGUAUCAUGGAUCAACUGCAUGUAGAAUGAAAGUAUUAAGAGUGCUCUACUUGUAUCUGCAAGGGAAAUAUUUUGGUGAAACAGUAACUUCAGACAAUUUACAGUAACUCCUGCAAGUAUAUUUCUAGCAUACUUGUUCUUUGGGGUGUUUUGUGUUGUGUUUUUAUUUGGUCUUUCAGGAUAGUUAAUUCUUGUUCACAUUGAGCCUGUUUUUUACAGCAGAAUAAUUAGAAACAUGUAAGAGACGUUAAUCUUCAAGGAAGAACUUGUAGUUUUGGAAGGGUUUAUAAGUUUUGUGGUACACCAGGUACUUCACUGACUAACCAUGCAUCUUCUUGAGGUUUGUUAUAUCUUGGUUUGUUUGGUUGGUUGUUUUUUUUUUUCUCCAAUAUACCUGGCCGAGGUCUACAAGAAACAAAAAAACUCCUACCUGUCUUUAAGCUUUCUGGAUUAUCUAUUUAAAAAUUAGUUAUCCCUGGGUGUAGAGACCAACUGGGAGGGGGAUACCAUACUGCAAUGUCAGUUUGAGGAAUACUUUUUUUAUAUCAGAGCACUGCUGUGUUAAUCUUUUUUUGAGUUGAGAGUGAAUUUUAGAAGCAGAAAAAUAACUUGUAUUCCUAGGCUUCUUAUUUGUAUUGUGCUGGUAAAAGGGCUGUGGAAAAAUAGUGGUGCUUUAAAGGGCAGUGCAUGUCUCCCCCCUUUUCAACAUCACAUUCAGUGGUUUCAUUGUGUGCCGUAUGUUAUGAUUGUUUUUUUUCCAGUGUGCACUACCUACUGUACAUUCUCUUGUUGGGAUGUGUUAGCAGGGAGGAAUUACAAACUGUACACUGCUGCUUCGAGAGCUCCCUUUGUAUGUAAACACUUAAAUCAAAAUGAUUAUUUAUUUGAAACCCACCUAAGACUUGGAUUUCUAAAUUUAUCUUCAGUGAUAUUAAAGAACCUGUUUACACUGA